AUGCAAGUCGAGGUGUACACAGCUCCGAUAUUCAAUUCACCUGGCUGCGACGACGCGAUCUCCAUCCUCCUUGGCGAUUGGAUUUCAGCGAAGCUGCAGGUGGCCUCCGUAGAGGACGUGAUUCUUGAAGAGCACUUCCAGUCCAUUGUGGGAUCCCGGCACAUGCGACAGUGGUUCAAGCUGCGGAAAGCCUACGCCAUGAUGGAGGACCACGAGCGGACCACCGGCCUGAAGUAUGAUCUGGUACUCAAGUUUCGGACGGACGUGGAGCUGGCUUCGCCCAUUCGCCUCGCAGAUUUCCCAGAGGCGAGGGAGCAAUGCAACUUUGCACGUCCUGGAGAGCGGCACCCGCAGAUCCUGACCGGUUCGGUGGUCUACAGUGCACACGACUUGGUGUUCUUCUGCAAUCGCAAGGUGCGCAUAUUUUCUUCCUCGAUCACCACAGAAGACGGAAACCUUCAGGUUGCUCAUGUCUUACUGAACGAUAUCCUGGAGAAGCUCGUCAGUCGCGCCGGGAACGAGAGCAGGCUCUUCCCGCUAAACUACGACAGACUCUUGCGUGCGGAUGAGGGCAACGCAAUGCCACUGCAGGUGUUUCCAGACGUACAUUCGAGUUUUCGCGCCGCUGUGAUUGGUUUCGGUCAUUCAUACCCAGGCCUUCUCAUGCCGGCCAUUCGCAAGUUCAGAGCCGACUUGGAGGCAGCCCAGAGGCGAAGCGAGAGGGGAGAAGCUGUGCCAACGGUUUCCGGUCAUUGGAGGUUUCGGAGCGACACGAAGCAGUACCAGCACUGGAAGCAGACAAAUCGCCUCCCACGAGACAACGAAAUGUGCUCGAUGAGGCAUUGGUUCUAUCACGUCCACACUGCAGAACCGGAAGUACUGAUGCGUCUUUGGACCGGAAGCACCAUGAAGCUNNGUGAGCUCGGCCCUGUUUCAGGCAUUACCACCAUUGCAACUGCGAGCCGCCAGAGUCUGGCACUCGGAGUCCUCUACAGCAAUGAUGCAAAGCGCGCCUGA